AUGGAAUUCUCAGCCUCCAAGCGUCCGGCGACGGCCGAGGAAGUACACUUCCGCCUUCUAUGUCCCGCCUCAAGGACUGGUGCGAUUAUCGGAAAAGCCGGCUCCGUCAUUCGCCACCUCCAAUCUGUCACCGGUUCCAAAAUCCGCGUCAUCGAUGAUAUCCCCGUUCCUUCCGAAGAGCGUGUAGUGUUGAUAAUCGCACCACACGAAGGAAGGAAAGAUCACACGAAGAAGGACGAGUCAAAUGGAUGCGAUUCGGAACUCCCUAUCUCGGAGGAGACGAAGCAAGAGAAAGUCAGCGAGUGUGCUGAAGCCGGAGAUAAACCCGACGAGGAAGCGCCGUCUUCGGGGCAGAUGGCUUUGGUUAGGGUUUUGGAGAGGAUAGUGUUUGGGGACGAUGCCGAUUCCGCCGACGGCGUUGAAUUGGAAAAAGGUGAGUGCGAAGGUCUGUGUAGGAUGAUCGUCCGAGGCAAUCAAGUCGAUUUCCUGAUGAGUCAAGGAGGGCAAAUGUUGCAGAGGAUCAUAGAAGAUAGUGGAGCUAACGUUAGGAUUGCAUCAGAUCAGAUUCCUCCUUGUGCGUUCCCUGGAGAUGUUGUGAUUCAGAUAACCGGAAAGUUCUCGACUGUGAAGAAGGCGCUUUUGUUGAUCACAAACUGUCUUCAAGAGAGUAAUGCGCCUCCGACUUGGGAGGAUUGUCCAUUUCCGCAGCCUGGUUAUCCGCCGGAUUAUCAUUCCAUGGAGUAUCAUCAAUGGGAUCAUCCUCCUAAUCCAAUGCCUGAAGACGUCGGAGCGUUUAAUAGACCACCGAUUGUUGAAGAGGACGUCGCAUUCAGGCUGCUAUGCCCGGCUGAUAAAGUUGGGAGCUUGAUAGGGAAACAUGGAGCUGUGGUUCGAGCUCUGCAGAACGAAACCGGUGCAUCAAUCAAGAUAUCGGAUCCAACUCAUGAUUCAGAGGAGCGGAUUGUUGUGAUAUCUGCACGAGAGAACUUGGAGAGAGGGCAUUCUCUUGCUCAGGACGCUGUGAUGCGUGUGCAUAAUAGAAUCGUUGAGAUUGGAUUCGAACCUACUGCUGCAGUGGUUGCUCGGCUUCUUGUACAUUCUCCGUUUAUUGGACGUUUGUUGGGUAAAGGAGGUCAUUUGAUAAGUGAAAUGAGGAGAGCGACUGGUGCUGGCAUCCGCGUCUUUGCCAAAGAUCAAGCCACAAAGUAUGAGUCUCAACAUGAUGAGAUUGUGCAGAUCAUUGGCAAUGUGAAGACUGUUCAAGAUGCUUUGUUUCAAAUAACAAGUAGGCUUCGUGAAGCAAUGUUUCCUGGAAGGUUUCCUUUCCAAGGAAUGGGUGGUCCACCUCCGCCGCCAUUCAUGGGUCCGUAUCCAGAACCGCCUCCUCCAUUUGGACCGAGACAGUAUCCAGCUUCUCCAGAUCGUUACCAUUCUCCACUAGGAUCGUUCCAUGAGAGGCAUGGUCAUGGUCAUGGUCCUGGAUUUGACAGGCCACCUUCCCCAAUGUCUUGGACCCCGCAGCCAGGUAUUGAUGGCCAUCCCGGUGGUAUGGUUCCUGAUGCGAACCACGAGUUUGCUUUGAGGAAUGAGCCCAUUGGCAGCGAGAAUCCGGCAAUGACAAGUGCAGAUGUGGAGAUUGUGGUUCCUCAAGCAUACUUAGGCCAUGUCUAUGGUGAGAACUGCAGUAACCUGAAUUACAUCAAGCAGGUAUCAGGAGCGAACGUGGUUGUGCAUGAUCCAAAGGCAGGGACUACAGAGGGACUCGUGGUUCUCUCAGGCACAUCGGAUCAAGCUCACUUUGCUCAGAGCCUUCUUCAUGCUUUCAUUCUAUGUGGCCAAUCUUGA